CCCGCCAUAAAUACGAGCUAGCCUUAAGCAAUCCUAAAAAGAAGCUAAAUCCGGCGCUAGCGUAAACAAGUCCAAUCGAAUAAAAUUAUAUUUUAUAAGAUGUCAAUUUACUUUGCGAGGGAAUGCCUUCGAAGCACCAGCGAAUUAGUGGUAAUAUCGAAAAACUCGAUGGAGAGUCAGGCAACAACAGUCGCACGGGAAAGAACAACAAAGCAGCAAGACUGCUUCAAGUUCGAGUACAGGCCGACCGAUAGCGGCAUGACCACAGAGUCCAGUCGCGCAUCAAUGGACGAAGACGCUAGAUCUCCGAUCCGAAAGGUGCGCAUCACACCCGGAAAAAGCGAGACCAACGAGCUAGCACAGGGCUGUUUCGAAGAUCUGUGGAAGCAUAUGGGUGGAAAUCUGACGCUAGAAGAAACGCGCAGGUACUACGAUCUCAUGGCCUGUCAUUUCGACGAGGAGAUGGCUGACCAGCAAUACAACGGACCUCAAAUAAUUCUUGAGAAGCUGACUGACUUGGGUGUUACGAAGGAAGCCCGCAUUUUGGACAUCGGCUGUGGCACUGGCUUACUUGGGAAGGCGAUGUCGAACGAAGGUUUCGCUUGGAUUGAUGGGAUCGAUAUGAGCGAAGAGAUGUUACGCCAAGCAGAAAAAAAAGCUGUGUAUACUAAAACCACCCUUUUAGCGAUCGAGCCAGCGACUGAUCUCACGCCCCUGGGUGACGUCCAGUAUGACGCUAUUUGUAUGCUUUCGUCUUUCCAGCCAGGGCACGUCAGCCCUCUGGCUCUUGAUGGUCUAAUCGCGCUCCUCAAACCUGGUGGCCGGGUAAUUUGGGUUCGAUCGUCUUCGAUUCCCGCCAAGCAUAUGACCGGACCCUUUCAAAAGGAAGAGUGGGAAAAAAUUAAAAAUGACCUUGCAGCGAAAGGUCUCAAAGCUGAGGACGAGGGAACUGUGGAGAGGUUCAAUCGAGAUAAACCCGGCGUGUUUGGGAUUUUCACUAAAUACAAGUGAAACACGCUUAGCGAUGCGCAGUGGAACAAGCUACUGUGACGGUUUUCACAACGAUACCCCGGAAGUGUUUGGUUACUCGGAGUUAGCUAUGCGAGCGUUAUGCAGAAAAAAGCUGGACUAUCAAGGAGUUGACAAAUAAACGAAGUCUUAUUUUUCACGUGGA